AUGCAGUUAGACGCAGAAAGAUGCGCUGUCAUGUCUCUGCUGACAAAAAGCUUAAUAGAAACAGCCAAGGCAGGUGGUGGCGCCAUCCACAUCCUUUCAGGGCUUCCUGGAAUAGGGAAAACGUACUCUAUCAGGUCCUACCUUCAGCCACGAGUGAAGCAGGAGGGCAUAGAGUUUUGCCUUUUAAAUUGCUAUGCAGCCCGUACUGAAGUCCUCACGUUACAGCCGCGACCACAAACGGUCUACGUUAUUGACGAGCUUGACUCUCUUUUCGCGUUUACGGAUCAGCGUACUGUUGAUAGCCUCUCGCCUUUGAAGGUUCUAGCCCUAUCGAACCCGGUCCUUGGGCUUAUAAAUGACUUUACAGUAGAGCUGCAAUCUCGUAUAUCUGUUUUCUUCGGCAGUAGCAUCAAGCCACACAUUCACUCAUUUCCUGCUCCAUCUAUCAAUGAACUUAUUGCUAUUUCUCAGGCACUGUUUCUUGAUGCUGAGCUGGUUGCAGACAAGGCUACACUUACAUUUCUAGCAUCUCAGAUUGUGAAGCACAGACACGGGGACAUUCGCAUACUGGUCCGUACAGUUCAGAAUCUGCGUGUUUUAGCUGGCACAGCGACCAAAGUGGGGCUGAAGGAUGUGCACGAAGCUCUCAACCAGGCUUUACAACGAUAUAAGUCCCAUGGAAUGGCCUUGGAACUCUCUGAGAUGGAGGCCAAGGUUCUUAGUGUUAUCCUAGAUCACUGCAGAGAAUCUAAUGGCACGAUAAGUCUGUUAGAAAUUCGGCGCGGCUACAAAGUAGCGAUGGGAGUUGACAUAGACAUUCCUGAGGCAAGCAUCAUGACCACUUUAGAGAUUCUACUAAGCAAAGGCGUUAUCGUGGAUGCAACAAGAACGAACGUUCAAUUAGAAAAGUCCCGGUUGUCCCAUAAGCGGAUGAAAAACACGACUGCCACGUUUAGCAUUCACAAGUCUUAUCGCCUCAACAGUACUCGGUACAAUUCCACGCUCUUACGGAAUGCAUGCGAGGCGGCAUUGGUUGGCUCUGAUAAGAAGGCAUUCGCUCCUUAA